UGAGUCAGUACAUUUCGGCGCUCCGCUCGAUGAGCCAGUUUCCGAUUCUGUAAAGUUGUCGUUUCUUGUUUUAUCCAAACCGAAAUUUAAAAAAAAAGUUGCUAGUUUUUUCUUGGUACCGGAUUGGAUUAAAAUAGGCGGAGAUGUAAAAAGGAAAAGGAAGCCCGUGAAAAAUGAGCGAUAUGUAAGCUGACACAUAAGAAAGACGAGAUGGUGAAGAAAGUGAGCAAACGCCACUACCUGGCCAGCCAUGGCACCGGCUCCCUCGGAUACGUCAAACCCUACAGAGGAUAUUCCACUGAUGGGGAAGAAAGCCAAAGGUCGGAUUAUAUAUCGAGGAAACAUAAACGGAGCCGGAGUGCCCAGGACCGGCACCAUUCACACCUGACAGACGGUGAGGCGAGUUCGGACAUAUACAUUACGAGUGGGGCGUACAGGGCGCCGAGCGAGUACAGCCGAGGUUCGAGGCAGAGCAGGGCUCCAAGCCACUAUUCCUACAGAAGCAGGCCUGCUUCGGUCGCUUCGACUUCUGUCAAGACCAAAAUUGACAGGAAGCAUGGCAUGGUAGUCGAGACCAUGUCUGCACCGAAUCCAUUCUGCCCAAACACCAAAGGUCUCUGUUGCCUCAUGCUUUUACUCAACCUGGCUAUCAUACUCAUCACACUUGGCUUCGUCAUCGUUAUACAAUUCUUUGAACCAUUUUUUGUCUGGAUUCUUGGGAUUGUCUUUCUCGUGUUUGGCUUCCUCACACUAAUCGGGAGCCUGAUAUAUUGCGUAACUGUCUGUAGAGAUGUAAAAUCGCCCGAGGAAGUUGCCCGGGGGCAGCACUACUGGACACACCAUUGGCAGAAAAACAUCGGUGCCCCUCCGGAGAUCCAUUAUGCUCCUGACUACCUCACUGACACCGACCACUACAGCGUAUCAGAGAAAAAUGGCAGAAGGUCAAGAUACUGAGUCGGACUUUAGAGUGAACAAAGAAUUGUACAAAGUAACACCAGAGUCAUUAGUCCUGUAAUCCAGACAAUUUGUUCAAUUAACACUGUAGCGUUUUGUACUUUGCAGUUACCAAAGCAUCCAUAAUGAUGAUUUCAGAUCUGUUAGUAACAACUCAACCUAUAAUUUACUAAUUAUAAUUAGGGAGCGGAAAUUUAUGUAAAAUAAAACUACAUGAGAUGGAACAUGAAUAUUUAUAUUAGAUAGUGAAGUACAGUAUGGAAUAUAUUUUGAUAAAAGAAAAUGAUACCUAUGAUUUUUAUGAUUGAUUUUUGAUAUAAGGUAAAAAAAUUAAAACUUUCACUACUGAUUUAAUUUGAAAAAUGUGACAUAAGAAAUUAGUUUUAUUUGUAUUCUAAGGCAGACCUAACCAUUGCGUAGUAAAGAAUUUUUUAUAGUACAGACAUUGGAAGGAUUUACAAUUAGAAUUUUUUAUAGUUGAGAAGGAUUUACAAUUUUUAAUAUGGAAGCCAAGAGUUCUAAGAGCAUUGGUUUCAGAUUAAUUCAGGCUAGGAGUAAAAAUUUUCCAAGUUGUUUUCUAAGCAUUGAAUCUACUUCAUACAUGAAUUUUAUAUAUUUUAAGAUCAUCUGAAAAUAGCUGAUAUUGAAUGGAACGAUUUACUAAAUACAAAUAGAAUAGGACCAAGAUGUGAUCCUUGGGGGACUCCAGAUGGAGCUGAUAUGAACUGAAAAUUUUUUAAAUAAAAACUGCUUGAUCUCAAAUCAAAUUUUUAGAUAAAAAAACAUCGACUGAUGAGAUAUAUGUAAAACUAUAAAUAUUCCAUUCCCUAAUUUAUAGUUUUUGAGAUAAAUACGACAACUCGUUAUUCUCCUAUGUUGUGUUAUACGUUUGAUGUUAAGUUGUACUUAACUUACUUUCAACUACUCUUAAACCACUUAAAAUCUC